GUGACUGCGGGAGGCCUUAGCACGCGGGAAAAAAAUUAAAAAUAAAAACAAAAAGCUUCAAGGUGCUAACAUUUACGUUCAAGUAGCCUAUUCUAGCCUUCCACAGGUGUUUCACUUAGUUCUCUUUCCUUCAGUGUAGUAUUACUUUUAGGUUUUUUAUUAUUUUUUGGUUGUUUUGUUUUUUAGUUGUUUGUGUUCAGAUGACGGCGCAGGUAGACUACCUGGCGGUGGUUUUCACCACCACAUCUGGCGCGGCCGGAGAGCUGCUGGGUUCUGACGAGAAGGACCUGCUUCGCCUGGUUUGGCAGCUGGUUGAUGUAAAGAAUAAAACGUUGGGCAGGGUGAAUGAGCUCAUCAUCAAGCCUGACCUCUCAGACCUGACAGACGAAAAAGUGGAUAAAGAUGUUGUGAAGGAAAGCGAGGAGGAGGAAAAGGAGGAGGAGAGCGUGAACGGAGCAGACUGCAUUUACACAGCAACAUGUCUCAACAACGCUUUCAACGUGUUUAAUCUGCAGCUGACGAAUGAGGUGAACAUUGCGGGCGCAGGCACGUCAGUGUGUUUGUGUACAGACGGGCAGCUCCACAUCCGCCAAGUGAUUCACCCCGAGGCAGCGAGCAAGAACAUCCUGGUCCCCGAAUGUUUCUACUCCUUCUUCGACCUUCGGAAGGAGUUCAAGAAUCACUUUACCGACUCUGACCUCAAGGCUUUGAAUGUACACGUCAUGGCUGAGUCUCUUAGCAUACCUGUGAAUGUUCCCACCAUGUGGGAUCCCUCAACUGCUCAUGAGCCAUCAGGAGUUUUGCCCGCGGAAGUGGCCGUGCAGCAGGUCCGGCUCAUGGCCAGCAUUGUUCUCACGCUGCUCUCAGAGCCAUUCUGCCACACGUUUUCUAACCCUGAGAGAGUUAGCGAGAGAUUUGAAAGUGGCACUUGCAGUAAGAUGGAGAAAGUGUGUGACAACACAGUGAUAAGAGCCAGAGGGUUGCCAUGGCAGUCUUCUGACCAGGACAUCGCUCGAUUCUUCAGGGGCCUCAACAUUGCCAAAGGAGGGGCUGCACUGUGUCUUAAUGCUCAGGGAAGAAGAAAUGGUGAAGCACUUGUUCGUUUUAUCAGUGAAGAGCACAGAGAUUUAGCCCUGCAGAGGCACAAACACCACAUGGGCAACAGAUAUAUUGAGGUUUAUAAAGCAACAGGAGAAGACUUCUUGAAGAUUGCAGGAGGAACCUCCAAUGAGGCGGCAAUGUUCUUGUCGCGCGAGGACCAGAUCAUCGUGAGGAUGCGAGGUCUUCCUUUCGACGCCACGCUCGGUCAGGUGCUGGACUUCUUCUCGCCGCAGGAGGAGCUGAAGGAGACGUGUCCUGUCAGCGGAGGGAAGGAUGGCAUCCUGUUUGUCCGCUACCCAGACGGGCGUCCCACCGGAGACGCCUUCGUGCUGUUUGCCUGUGAGGAGCACGCUCAGUGUGCUCUGAGGAAACACAAAGAAAUGCUGGGGAAAAGAUACAUAGAGCUGUUUAAAAGUACGGCAGCUGAGGUGCAACAGGUACUGAACCGGUACUCGUCGCCCCCUCUGAUCCCAGUGGCCCCAGCCCCCCUGGUGUCGGUGCUACCCUCAGUCUCUCUCCUGCCCCCUCCUGGUGGUUUGAGGGACUGUCUAAGGUUGAGGGGGUUGCCGUACACGGCGAGCAUAGAGGACAUCCUCAACUUCUUGGGCGAAUUCACACAGGAUGUGAGGCCGCACGGUGUGCACAUGGUGCUCAACCAGCAGGGUCGUCCAUCUGGUGACUGCUUCAUCCAGAUGAUUUCAGCGGAGCGGGCACUUCAGGCCUCGCAGCGGCUUCACAAGCAUGUGAUGACCAGCCAGCGUGGGGCGAACAGCCGCUAUGUGGAGGUGUUCCCCUGCAGCGCCGAGGAGAUGGGCUUGGUGCUGAUGGGAGGCUCGCUCUCACACACGCAUACACACACACACAACCGGAGCAGGAGUGGGACAGGGCUCAGCCCGCCACCAUGUAAGUUCAGACGUCUAUCCCCACCAUCCUACUCCUUCACCCACGUUCCACCUGUCCUGCCCACAGAGGCUGCUGCUGCUCUUUACCCACCCCUCGGACAGGUGCUGUUGACCCCUCGAGCUCUCCCUCCAGGACAUGCCUUCUACCCCGCUUCAGCACAGCUAUACAUGAACUACGCAGCCUAUUACCCCAG